GCAUGCACCGCGCUGGGGCUCGUCUUUAGGCUAAGGUGCGAGGGGAAAGACUUAACUGCUGUUGCUCCUGAGCCCCAGGCUAGGAGGGGGAAAUGGCGGGAGAGGGUCCCGGAAGCGGGGAGGGGGUCUCUCCGCUGAAGCAGUGCCUGAUCCGGCGGAAGAGCCAGCAGGAGCACCACGGGGUGGCGGCCUCCUGCCUGCGGGAGCUGCGGAGCAAGGCCUGUGACAUUCUGGCCAUUGACAAGGCCUGGGAGCCCAUCACCUUAGUUCUGGCAGAGGAUGGCACCAUUGUGGAUGAUGAAGAUUAUUUCCUGUGUUUACCGCCCAACACCAAGGUGCCACCUGGGACUGAGGUCCCACUGAGCCUGCCUGACCCACCAGCCUGGGCUCCCUUUACAGAGGCAAGCCAGCCAAGCCCUCCCUCAGGCUUCAGACUGCACUUUACCAACACACAUAAAGAUGGGGGCACAGCCUGGCUCUCAAGGGAGUCCAUAGAUGAAGUGGACUGUGGUGAAGAGAAGUGGAAGCAUCUGGCGAGACAGCUGAAGGAUGACCUGUCCAGCAUCAUUUUGAUGUCUGAGGAAGACCUCCAGGUUCUCAUUGAUGUACCAUGUUCAGACUUGGCCCAGGAGCUUUCCCAAAAUCAACCAAAAACCCAGAUGUUACAGGAUACUCUGCAGCAGGCGCUGGACAGACGAGAGGAAGAACGCCAAUCCAAACAGCUCCUGGAACUCUACAUGAAGGCCUUGAAGAAUGAAGGCAGCAUUUUAACUAAGGCAUCAGAACCUGAUGCUGCACCCAGGGAGGAGAUGAAUCUAGUCGACACUGAUAGCAGCAGUGCAGGUGCCUCCACCAAAAGACCACUCAGUAGCGAGAUCCUUAUUGCACUGAAAGAGAAACCUGCCCCAGAACUCAGCUUAGACAGUCAGGAUUUAGAGCUGGUUUUCAAGGAAGACACAGAAGCCUUGGCUCUGGCACUGAGCUGGGAUAAGGAGAAGACUGAAGCUCUCCAGCAGGCCUGUGAUCAGGAGCUCUCGAGGCGCCUACAGCAAGUGCAGGCUCUACACUCUCUGAGGAGUAUAUCAAAGGGCAAGAAAAAGCUGCCCUGGGGAGACUGGUUGAGUUCAAAACGCAAGAACAGCCCCCAUCAUCCAGGAGACAGAAGUCAGCAGGAGAAGAAAACAGGCGCAGUGGUGGAUACAUGUGGAACGCUGCCUGAUACAGCUCUGCAACAAGCUACUUCCCUGCCUUGCAAGUUAUCUUUUUUUCCUUUGGGCAGGAGCAAAACUUCCAGCUCAGUUAUUUUAAUUUUCAGCAGCCCCACCUUUUCACAUGAAAAAACAAAGAGCAAUUAACUUCCCAACAAUACAUUGUUGGGAUUUAACCCUUAAUUAGAGCUUCUGGAUUGUGCUGCUAUUAAGUGUGAAUUUGCUGUUAAUUUAAGAUGCAUAUGCAUUGUUUGCUAAAAAAAAAAAAAAAAAAAAAUCCUCACCAUUAUUCCUAUAAUGACCAGGCAGUCUUGAGUACAAAAUAGGGUGAUUUAGCUGCAAAUGAUUCAUGAUUGUGGAUUUUGUGCAGGGGUUUGGUGAUGGGAGGAGAGGCUGCAGAGAGACAACUUAAAAGCAGAAGCACUGCGCCUUAUGCUAUCCUGAAUGAUCAACAUUUAACCUCUAAACAGGGCCAAGAAUCCUCCACUGCAGCAACCCACUGAAGUCAUGGGUUUCAAAAAUGUAAUCAUUACUGCAUCUGAGCAAACUACAUCCUGGAAGUUUUUUCUUUUUUGUGGUCACCUAGUCAGAAAGAAGCUGCCCUGGCUGAAUAUCCUCAUAGAGUGACAUGUCCUGAGUUGCCCACCUAGCCUCAGUGGUUGUCUGUCUUCCUAGGACCAUGGCUGCAGACUCAACACUCUUCAAAGGGACCAGAAACCUUGGGAAUGGAUACAGCGCUGCUGGAGGGUCUAUCAGAGAAGCCUUGCUUUGUUUAAAAUAAGUUUGAGAUCACUUACAGUUAAUGUAAACAACUGAGCUGUUUUUGAUCUUAGUGCUGUGAAGUGUAACUAUAUCACUUUCAAAGGUUUCCACAUUCUCUUCACAGAAGUGAGCAGUAGCAUCCCAACAGUUCUUUGAAGAUUAUGUUAACAGGCAGCUAGAAUGAAAUCUUAAAAAUGCUAGGGAUCCAAAGAGAGCAUCUAAAAGGAGGAGGAUGCAGUUUGGAUCUGCCUGAAGUUCUUUGGGUGAGCAUAUGAGGCUCAAAGAUUCAAUUUCUUUCCUGCACCACAACCCAACCCAACAAUAGCUGGAACCUUUGACAGACUGAGUAUAAUUUGGAUCAAGGAGUCCUAGCAGUGAUUUGGCGUUAAAGGACAGAGCUGAAGGCAUACUGGUCUUUUGGUUUGUGAAUGUAACCAACAUAUUUAAAUUUUAUACUUAAUAGUUUGCAUUUUAAAGAGAUUUGCCAAUAUUAACUAAAUAGCUGCCACCAGUCAUGAGGUGUAUAGGCUCUGUCCAGCAGUUGGCAAGGAAAGGGUUAACCUGCCUUGGGGAAGCAUCUAUCAGCCCAGAGUGCAGGAGUUUCCAGGGAGGGCAGCUGUGUAGAAUGAAUUAUUUCCUCCUUCCAGGCCAUUAUAAGAGGGGUAUACUCUGCAGACCCAGGAUCUCUAGCGCUUUGCCUACAGUAUAGAAAAUUUGUGUGCUGUGCCUGGACCCCGCCCUCCCACAUGCUUAAUGUCCACCUAGUGCUCCAAAUGGUUUACAUGCCUACUAAAUAUAGCUAGAUUGAUUAAGCUUGCUUUCAGCAGAACUAAACACCAGUUUAGUCUGCACAAUGUAAGUGCUAGUGUGGAUGGCACUAAAAUAGUACCCAUAGUCUUCUGCCUACUGUCCCACAGGGUACUACAGCUUUUUCAGAAUCUGUUGUUUCUGCAGGCCUCGCCAGGAACUGUGGGAGAUGUACCCAGAGAAUACUGACACUGUUUAGAACAGUGCUAGUGUGGAAUAGUUCAGAACACUAAUCAGCACGGGUCUAUUCUCCCCCCCUCUGUUCAAUUAGGAACAGUUAAUCCUUUAAUUUAGAUGGGAGAGUAAUAUUAGGGAAGGAAAUAAUACUCAGUCAUUCCUGACUCUUAAAUUCUGUGCUCAUUUCUAUAAUGACGGAUGAUUAUCCCCUUUCUAGAGAUGGUAAAACUAAAGCUGAGAAAGGUUGCACAGAAUCACAUGACAAGACAAUAUCAGAACUGGGAAGAGAUUUUAGAAAUCCUGAUUCUGAAGCCUCUUCUCUAAUCAGUAGUCUUUGCUAUUCUGCUUUCAGAUCAUAAUUCUAAAAAUAUUAUCCUAUCUCUGCAGUCUUGCCAACUCUGAGCAUUUAAAAAUCAUGAGUCAUGUUUAUUUUUAAAAAAUAGAUUUGGGGUUCUUUAUAUUUGCCUUCUAGUUUCUGGGUCUUAUAGGGUACACUUGGUCAU